AUGUUAAAAACAAGAAUAAAACAAAACCUCAACUCACAUGACUGUAAUGCAUUCUUCCAAAGUGAGGAACUGCUGACUAACACAUUGAAACAAAGUAUAAAAACUACCCAACUUGCUAAGUACGAAAACUUAAGACAUAAACAACAACUACUUUUAAACAUUAGGGUGAUACCAGAAUGGAUCCGUAACACGACUAGCAUACAAAAUCCAACCGAUAUUCAGUGGCUUCUUUCUCUGGGUCCAAAAUAUGCCUUACCCAUAGACAACAAACAAUUUCCACUAUUUAAAGUCAUCGCAGACGGGGAGAACUAUAUACAAACAAUUAAAGACAAAGACAAACAACAGAUGGAAAGAAACAACUUGACAACACUGCUACGUGACUACCUCAACAAGACGACAACUUCAGUUAGAGAUAAAUUUAUAAGUGAUACCCUACGUUCCGCAAAAAAGUUUUUAGAAAAUCAUAAAGAGCUUUUGAUCCUUAAUUCCGAUAAGGGCAAUGUAACUGUGUUGAUGGCUAAAUCAGAAUAUGACAAAAAAAUACAGACUAUAAUCAACGAUAUUUCCACAUACAAAGUAUUGAAACCUGAUCCUACUAAUAGACUACAGGACAAGAACAACGAAAUAGUUGAGAAAAUGUUCAGUAACAAAAUCAUUGUGGUAAAAGAAAAGAAUGCGCUUUUGUGUAAAACAGCCAAUCCACCACGAAUCUAUGGCUUACCAAAGAUUCACAAAGAAGGAAAUCGACUCAGACCUAUUUGUUCGUCCAUCAAUUCCCCGUCUUACAAUUUAUGUAAAUAUGUCGUCAAAAUCCUGAAAAAUGUAACCAUGUCCUCCGUAUAUAAUGUCAAAGACGCAAUCGAAUUCAAUAACAAGAUCAAGGAUACAUAUGUUUAUGAUGAUGAGAGUCUAGUGUCGUUCAAUGUUGUGUCAUUGUUCCCGAGUAUUGAGAUAUUUACUGCAGUCCUGAUGAUGAUUUCAGACUAA